CCCGCGAGACCCAGGUGGCGCAGGCGACGGCUGUCUGAGCGGCGGACGCGCGGGAGCGGCGCCUGCGGGGCCCGGAGGCCUCGAGGACGUCUGCAAUGCUCCAGAAAGCCAAGAGCGUGAAGAUGCGGGCCCUGCGCAGCCCGAGGAAGUUCGGCGUGGCGGGCAGGAGCUGCCAGGAGCUGCUGCGCAAGGGGUGCCUGCGCUUCCAGCUCCCGGUGCGCAGCUCCUGGCUGUGCCUGUACGAGGACGGCACGGAGCUGACUGAAGACUACUUCCCCAGCAUCCCCGACAAUGCCGAGCUCGUGCUGCUCACCUCGGGCCAGACCUGGCAGGGCUAUGUGAGUGACAUUGGUCACUUCCUCAGUGUGUUUCACGAGCCCCACGCGGAGAUCAUCCAGGCCGCCCGGCAGCUGCUGUCGGGUGAGCAGGCCCCGCUGAGGCAGAAGCUGCUGGCCGACCUCCUGCAAAACGUCAGCCAGAACAUAGAGGCUGAGACCCGGGCUGAGGACCCGCCGUGGUUUGAAGGCUUGGAGUCCCGAUUUCAGAGCAAGUCUAGCUAUUUGAGAUACAGCUGUGAGAGCCGGAUCCGGGGUUACCUGAGAGAGAAUAGAAAAGAAGCGCACCAUUGUCCCCACGCUGGCCAAAGCCGUCAAGGGACAAGACGGAAGAGAAGUAGACUGGGAGUAUUUUUACAGCCUGCUUUUCACCUCAGAGAACCUCAAGCUCGUGCACAUCGCCUGCCACAAGAAAACUACCCACAGGCUCGGCUGCGAUCCCGACAGGAUCUACAAACCCCGGACAGGGCCGCGGAAGAAGCGGCUGGCUCGCAAGUCCCAGUGAUGCCACGCACCGCAUGCUCAGGUGGGGCCUCAUGUGUGCGCGGAAUUUUAACAGGUGCUAAUUUUUUUUUUCUUUUUUGGUCACUCCAGUAUUUCCUGGAAAAAAACUUAAAAAAAAAUAUUUCCUACAAUUCUGAUUUCCAUAUAUAUCUCAAUCUGUUUUCUGUGCCUUUUGAGAGCCCAACUUCCAGAGGACGGCUUUAGGGUGCUCACGGGACAUCCGUGGGUCACACUGGCCGGCAGGGACCAGGACUUGUCUUUGAGCUCAGAGAUCCUUCAUUUUCUGACGUCACCAGUGUCGUGUUGCUCACAUAGCGUGGGCUCUGCACUAAACCGUGUCAUGGCUGGACUUGGCUGCCCUGCCUGGGGGACGAGUUGUCUGUGUGUCACCUCUCUCCUUCCACAGCACACGGCAGCUCUAUCGUCCGGACUCUUCUUAAGCGCCCCGAAGAGCAGGGCAGCACCUUUGGGUGACACGUCUGUGCUGCAUCAAGGACACACAAGGACACUGUCGCCGGACUGUGUACGGUGGCAAAGUGUGAGCCCUCCACAGUCCACAGCAGGGCGACCGCUGGUUGUGGCCCACGUUGGACCAUGUGAAACUGCUGUUUCUCUAGGUUAAAAGUGCUCAGAUGUCAUUUAUUGCACGAUCCAACCUGAUACAUCCACACAAUGCAACACUAUAGCAGUUUGAGGCGUCCACGAGAUGAGCGUUCGCGUGGAGAAGGGACGCUGUUCGUGCCCAGGCGGCUCAACUCUGCAGAGUAUGACCCGUUUGUCUACAAAGGGCAGGUGCUCACGUCAUCCACAUGUGUCAGUGUGUGCAGGGAACAUGCCAGACUGUGAACAGCAGUAAUCCUGGGGACAUGGUGGGGUGAGACUGGGUGACAAAGGACUCAUUUUCCAAAUCGUGUGUAAUACUUGAAUUUUUUGAAAUGAGCAUGUAUUAACAUUAAAAAAUGUACUUUUUACAGUCAUACAUUUGUAAUAUUUGAACUUUUACAUUGAUUAUAUAAUCAGGAAAAGCAAUAAAGAUUUUUUUAACAAUA